UUCUAGAAUAUAUCUUUAUCUUUCAGAUAUAACGGGAUUAGCAAGGUUUGUCGAACAUGUCAUUUGGAGGAAGUUUGAGGCAGGGAAAUAUAUGCAGUACUGUUUGUUACUCUGGGACUGACACUCGAGAUUCAACUUCAGACGACGACUGAAGCUUGAUAUCGAUGUUAGGUAUCUGUACAUCUAGUGACGCUGCCACUACCAUUGACUGCCUUAGUUAACCUUAACAGUAUCCCCUUCCAAGUUCAGAUUCCAGGCUUUGUUCUUCAUUUCCCAUUCAAUUGCUCCACAACCAAAGCUUUAGCCCUCUGCUUGUUCACUAUCCACAACUACAUAUGCAUUUGUCAAAACGCAACUGUGCACGCAUAACAUAAACUAUUUUGGGCAUGUCUGGCUUGAGAUCGACUUUACACUCCAAAUUUUGUGGCAACAGGUCUGGCAUAUCAAGCAGUUAUGGGGACAGGUAUUGAUGUAUGCUUAUUUAUAGAAGGCCAUGGAGAUCGGUUAGAAGAAGUGUUCAAUCCAAUUCAACCAAAAUCAGGGUUUUUUAUUUAUCGAAAUAGGAGGUUUCAUAAACAGAAGCAAAAAUCAGACGGAAAAUAAAUUGAAAUCAGGACGAAUAUUUUCAGAUGGAUGCAUUUUGCUCAGACUGUAAAAGAAACACAGAGGUAGUGUUUGACCACUCUGCCGGGGACACAGUUUGUUCGGAAUGCGGGCUUGUCUUGGAAGCUCACUCCAUCGAUGAGACAUCUGAAUGGAGGACCUUUGCAAAUGAGUCUGGUGAUAAUGACCCCAAUCGUGUUGGUGGUCCAUCGAACCCUCUCCUCACGGAUGGUGGUCUUUCCACUGUAAUUUCAAAGCCGAAUGGUGCUUCUGGUGAUUUUCUGUCAUCCUCUCUAGGACGUUGGCAGAAUCGGGGUUCAAAUCCUGAUCGGACGCUUAUGCAACCAUUCAAAACCAUCGCUACCAUGUCUGACAGACUGGGCCUUGUUGCAACCAUAAAGGACAGAGCGAAUGAGAUAUAUAAGAAAGUGGAAGAUCAGAAGUCGAUUAGAGGAAGAAAUCAAGAUGCAAUUUUGGCAGCAUGCCUGUAUAUAGCUUGUCGUCAAGAGGAUAAACCUCGCACAGUGAAGGAAAUUUGCUCUGUUGCCAAUGGAGCAACAAAGAAGGAAAUAGGGCGCGCGAAAGAGUACAUCGUGAAACAAAUGGAGUCAGAUCCGGACCCGUCGGUUCCGUUUUCUGUAAACCCUGUACAUGCUGUAGACUUUUUGAGGCGUUUCUGUUCCCAUCUUGGCAUGACCAACCAAGCUGUUAAAGCUGCCCAAGAAGCAGUUCAAAAGUCGGAAGAGCUUGACAUAAGGAGGAGCCCUAUUUCAGUAGCUGCUGCUGUCAUUUACAUGAUAACCCAGCUAUCUGCUGAGAAGAAACUACUCCGAGGUUUGAGAAGCAACAAACACUUGUUUUUCUCUGUUACUUCUAGCAUAUAUUGUUGCUGUUACUCUCUUUAUGGGGUUAUUAUUCAUUCCUCAAAUCAUUGGUGUGCAGAUAUAUCCAUGGCAACUGGAGUUGCCGAGGGAACCAUUAGGAACUCAUAUAAGGAUCUCUAUCCUUACGCUGUUAGGUUAAUACCUACCUGGUACGCAAAAGAGGAGCUGAGGAACUUAUGCAGCCCUUGAAGUUGAUCCUGUCACAACGUUCACAAUUUACAGCGAACUUAAAAGCUGAGGAACCUGUGAGCUGUAAUUUCACAAUUUUCUGUGCAUUUUUAUUUCAAUGUUUUUUUUCUUUCUUCUGUAUUGGACUUGUAUGGCACCAUAGCUCUUAUGAUGUACUCAGUUUAUGGUCCUUUCUGUGCCAUAAUUUAGUAUAGAUUCAAGGAAUAUUUUUUCAGUAUACCAAAAUGAUGGACUGGUUAUC